AUGCCAAGCGCUGUCACCGAGACUCAAGCCGUUGGCGCAACUGUGGCGGUCACACUGGUUGAUGGCACUGCCGUGAAGGGAACUAUUUUUACGUACAAACCCGCGGAGGAACUCCUUGUGCUCAUUAAUGGGUUUUCAGAUGGCAGCCCAAGUGUAAGAAUAAUCCGAACUUGUUUUAUUAAAGACGUCUCCGUUUUGACUGGGGCAGAGGCAGAGAAACUCCCACCACAGUUGGACCAAAAGGCUCAGCUGCCUCCUAUGCAGCUUGGACGUAACCGAUCUCUCCUCAAACAGGCAACUUCACAGUUGCGAGUCGCCCGAGAAAAGCGAACGGCAUUACUUCGCACGGAAGAUAAGAAUACCCCAAUCGCCGCGUUUGAUACACUGACUAAACUCGCUCGUAUUUACCCAGGUAUCCACUGGGAUGCAGAAGAAGGUGUCAUUCGCAUUAAUCAGGAAGUGUUUGUUAAGGGAACUCCGGACUGGAAUACUCCGGUCGCUGUUGCUAUUGAUGGUGCUGGUGAUAACGGCGCGAGCUUGGUGGAUCGGAUUCAGAAAACUCUCUCCAAGAAGUAA